AUGGAUUCUGCUACUUCGUUUCCAGCUCCGAAGCCUCGGCUCUUGCCAACCAGAUCCCAGACCAUGUCAGUGACUCCUGGUCCCGCAUCCCUCAGGAGGGGGAGCCUAUUACGCACCCUUCAGGAGGAGCAGGCCAAACUGAAGAUGAGGCUGCAGGAACUGCAGGAGCUGAAAAGGGGGCUCAGGGACUCCCCCCAAGACAAGGUCCCAUUCCCAGUUCCUGAAGUCCCCCUGGUGUUCCGAGGACACAUUAAGGAGGACAUGGAAGGGCCCAAGUCUUUGGUCUCCAACCUGCGGAUCUCCUACCCUCUGUCUGGAGGCUCAGCUCUCAUCAUCUUUGAUGACCCCAAGGUGGCCAAGCAGGUGCUGCAACAAAAGGAGCAUCAGAUCCAGAUGGAAGAGUGUCGGCUGCGGGUGCAGGUCCAGCCGGUGGAGCUGCCCAUGGUGACAGCCAUCCAGGUGUCCAGCCAGAUGAGCAGCCAGACAGUGCUGGUCAGUGGGUUUCCGGCGAAGCUCAAGCUGAGUGAGGAGGAGCUGCUGGACAAGGUGGAGCUCUUCUUUGGCAAGACCAAGAACGGGGGAGGAGAUGUGGAGACUCGGGAACUGCUGCAUGCGGGUGUCAUGCUGGGCUUCGCUAAGGAGGAAGUGGCCCAGAACCUGUGCCAGAUCGGCCAGUUCACCGUGCCUCUGGGUGGGCGGCAGUUCCCUCUGAAAGUCUCUCCCUACAUGAGUGGAGAGAUUCAGAAGGCAGAGAUCAAGUUCCAGCCAGUGCCGCAGGCAGUGCUGGUGCUCAACAUUCCCGAUGUGCUGGAUGGCCCCGAGCUGCAGGAUGUCCUGCAGGUGCACUUCCAGAAGCCCACCCGUGGGGGAGGGGAGGUGGAGGCCCUGACAGCCGUGCCCCCAGGAGAGCAACGCCUGGCUGUCUUCACCACCUAG